AUUCUCAUAGCCCCUCCCCGGAAUCAUUCUCUUUUCUCAAUAAAAUCAAACCCUCCCUCUAUUUUUAUCCUUCAUUAUUUUUACAAGUGUUAAUUUUUUAUUUUCCUAAGGUGUUUUAAGUUGGUAAGCUGAAAUCCAGCUGCCAAGCAUUGACUUCCUUAGAUCAUGGGAUGCUCGUUCCUUACUUUGUAUUCUUGAUUUCCUUUCCUUUCCUUUCUUUUCUUCUUUAAAACCAGUUCUUGGUUAGGGCUUUUUUGAAUUUUAGUUCAACUUUCUUUGUUGCCCAAUCAUUCUCCAUUUUCCCUUAAGGUAGGUGUUUCAAAGGGCUAUGAAGUGUUUCCAGUUCUCAAAUUCAGACAAGAAUGAUGAUCACAACAACAAGACUACAAAGUCUACAUCAGGCCAGUCUUGUGCCUCUGUUUCAACUGAUCCUGAGUUUAAAGGAUUCACUAAUUCAGGCCAAUCUUCUGCAUCCGACAUAAGCACCGAGUCCAGUUCUAGGCUCUCAUUUUCGUGCUUGUCGUCUCAUAAAAGACCCUGCAACCUUAGGGUCUUCACAGUCGAUGAGUUGAAGACUGCCACCAGGAACUUUAGCCGAUCCCUCAUGAUCGGAGAAGGCGGGUUUGGAGGCGUUUACAGGGGUGUUUUACGUGACACGAAUAAGAGAACUGAUAUCGCCGUUAAACAGCUAAGCCAGAGAGGAUUGCAGGGGCAUAAGGAAUGGGUGACAGAAGUGAACGUUCUAGGUGUGGUUGAGCAUCCGAAUCUUGUGAAGCUCAUAGGGUAUUGUGCGCAGGAUGACGAGAGAGGAAUACAGCGCCUAUUGGUGUAUGAAUUCUUGACCAACAGGAGCGUACAGGAUCAUCUAAUUAGUCGUUUUAUGUCACCUUUGCCAUGGGAGACUAGAUUAAGUAUCGCUCGUGAUGCUGCUACAGGCUUGGCCUAUCUUCACGAGGGAAUGGAGUUUCAGAUUAUCUUUAGAGAUUUCAAAUCAUCUAACAUUCUAUUGGAUGAGAAAUGGAAUGCAAAGCUUUCAGAUUUUGGUUUGGCAAGAUUAGGCCCUUCUCAUGGAUUAAGCCAUGUCUCAACUGCGGUGGUGGGAACUGUUGGAUAUGCUGCUCCAGAAUAUAUACAGACUGGGCGCCUAACAUCCAAGAGCGAUGUAUGGAGCUAUGGGGUGUUUCUAUAUGAACUCAUUACCGGAAGGCGUCCAUUGGACAGAAAUAAACCUAAAAAUGAGCAGAAACUUCUGGAAUGGGUGAGACCACAUCUUUCAGACCUGAAGAAGUUUGAACAAAUUUUGGAUCCUCGACUAGAUGGGAACUAUUCCCUUAAAUCUGCACAGAAGUUAGCUGCCAUAGCGAAUAGGUGUUUAACUAAACACCCCAGAAAUCGUCCUAAAAUGAGUGAGGUUUUGGAGAUGGUGAAUCGGCUCGUGGAGGCAACUGAAGCAAAAAGUCCAGAAAUCCCAAUAGAAGAAAGUACAACCACGAGAGUCGAGGAUGAGAAAUUCAGAGUAAGGUGUCUAAGUGCAAGCAGAAGGUUGGUAGAACAUAUUCCUAAAGAAAACAAGUUGCUGGUAUGGAAAUUGUGGAGGCCUAAGCUUGUCAGUACCAAUUGAGUGGCAGGAAUAAACUGAAGUGAAUCUUGUGCUGACGACUCAAAUUGUAAAGAUAUUUCAUGUUUUGCUAGAGCUGCCAACUAGAAGGAAAGUUUUGUUGAACAGACUAAAUACCAAAACUGGAAAGACCAAGUAUAAAUGAUUAAGUAACACAAGAUGAAAAUGUUUGUGAUCAAUAUUCUUUUCA